AGGCAUCGAGUGAACUCCGCGUUUGUUUUUGCUACGACCUGCGGAUUGUCACUCGAUCAAUUUUACUGCAUAAAUCAUGGGAAAAGGACGCAAUAAAAAUAAAGAAAAGGAUUCUUAUUCCGGCCCUACUCGGAAAGGAAGAGAAGAUGACGGUAGUGAAAGCGAUGCCGAAUCGGUCUCAACGCAUUUCAGCGUGGAUGACGACAUGAGGAGCGUACAAGGUGAAACUGGUGAAGACCUUGAUGUUCCUGAUUUUUUGGAUAGCCUCAGCGAGCACAUUGAAAACGCCAGCCAUAAAAAUAUAUCCAUACGGAUGGCUGCAUUGAAGCAUCUCCAAUUGGCCUUUUGUUCGCAGUAUCUGCCGGAUUUCAUUACGAAAUGGCGAAUGACUCUGGUCGAACUUAUCAGCAGAAAUUUGCGCAAAACUGAUGAGGAAAUUGCUGUCUCAGCAGUCCUGCUUGCUUUGAUGUCCCUACAAUUAGGUGAGGAAAUGGGUUCCGAUAUCGAGGAGUGCCUGGCGACUCUACGUGCUCUUGUAACAGACCCUUCCAGAGCGGAGCAGCUACGCUCCCUUUGCGCCGUUUCCAUUGCUGUUACCACUCAUGUGGCUUCAGUCAGUGAUGAAUCUGUAGCUGCUAGUAUAAAGGCACUGAGAUCCGUCUGGGCUACUUUGAAAUCGACUGCGCAUAGCACGCGACUUUACUCAACUGCUUUGGAAAGUUGGUGCUUAUUGUUGCAGGAUGCUGACGCAGCUACGUUAAACUCCGCUUUUGGCGAAUUCUCAAAGCUUGCAUUUUUCCUGGAAGCAGAUCAGCUUGAUAUUCGGAUAGCUACUGGAGAAGCACUUGCUUUUAUUUACGAGCUUGGUUCGGAGACCAGGCCAAGCUUUCGGCUUCCAAAUCAUCAGCAAAUAGUAGAGAUUCUCGAUGCUCUAUGUAGUGAAAGUUCCAAAACAAAAGCGAAGAAGGACAAGAGAGCUCAGCGAUUUACAUUGAGGCAAGUGUAUUCGAGCAUAGUGCAGAGAGAUACACCGUCUAUAACCAUAAAAUUCAACAGAGAAGUACUUAUUCUGGAUUCAUGUGCUUCGAAAUUGCUCUACGACAUUUGUUGUGAGCUCCUUCGCGGUGGUAUUGUAAGGCAGUUGCAAUACAAUGAGCUACUGCGCGAUCUUUUUGACUUGGGUCCGGUUCAGGAGGUGGAUCCAGUGGAGAAGAUCAGCAAGCUGGCCAGAAUGGCAGCACUUGAUGCAGCGUCCAAGCACAGAAAUCAAAUGCGCGGCAAACAAAGGGAUAAACGAAAUGUUGUGCUGUAGGCUAUGUGACUAAUAAUUAGCUUCAUAUUGACUUAGAUACCAGACUGGAUGGGCACUUUUGAUCCAGCCUCCACAACGAAAUGCUUUUGAUUUGGACUCCAGUCUGUGAUUCAUAUGUGAGACCUCUUUUAGAAGUUCUUGGGUUUAUACCAUUUUAGCUGUUGUAUCAGAAAUCUCUUUUCGGAUAGUAUGUAAGUUUUACUGAGCGCUUUGACCCUUACCCCAAAUUUACACCUUCAUAUUGAUUAGAAGCGUAAUUGUUAGAGUAGUGCGAUUAUCAUUGUGAGGGGUUCGCUGAUUCAGCUAGGCCUCGUCAC